AUGGCUCGAACGCUGAGGUGGACGAGCAAACCGUCCAGCAGUGGAGUCAAUGGUUCCGAGAUGUGCUCGUUGAGCAUUACACGAACAACGUUGUGCAAAUUGGCGGACCGAACACCAUCGUGCAGAUCGGCGAAACCAACGUCGUGCGCCGCAAGUAUAACGUUGUCGUCCGCAAGGAUUGACUCGUCGGUGGCAUCCAGGAAGGGACGAAGCUGGUCUUCAUCAAAAUCUUCGAUAAGCGCGACGCAGCCACCUUGGAAAGGAUCAUCCAACAGCACGUCGCUCCAGGGGGAACCGUUCGGAGCGAUAUGUGGAGUGGUUACAAUAACCUCUCCAAUCUCGGUUACAUCCACGAGACGGUCAACCAUAGUGUCAAUUUUGUGGUUCCAGCCAUUGGAGUCCACACUCAGCGUAUUGAGGGGUUGUGGUCUAUCCUUCCAGCCACCGGAAUCCACACUCAGCGUAUUGAGGGGUUGUGGUCUAUCCUGA